AUGCCUGAAUCUUUACCCGUUGUAAAUUUCAUCAAUUUCAAUCAGACAGGUACGUGCAUAUCACUUGGCACUUCUCAAGGGUUCAAGAUAUUCAACUGUGAUCCGUUCGGUAAAUUUUAUUCAGAAGAUUCUGGCGGAUAUGCUAUAGUGGAAAUGCUUUUCUCAACAUCGCUACUCGCUGUGGUCGGUAUAGGUGAUCAGCCAGCGAUGUCUCCAAGAAGACUGCGGAUAAUCAAUACAAAGAAACACUCUGUGAUCUGUGAAGUAACAUUUCCAACGUCGAUUCUCUCGGUAAAGAUGAAUAAGUCCAGAUUGGUAGUCCUUCUGCAGGAACAAAUCUACGUUUACGAUAUUAGCAACAUGAGAUUACUACAUACGAUAGAGACGAAUUGUAAUCCACAAGGAAUUAUGGCUGUGUCGCCAUCAGUGGAAAAUUGUUAUUUGGUCUAUCCUUCUCCUCCAAAGAUAAUAAACUCAGAUAUCAAAAAUCAUGUAACUACUAAUAAUAUCAACGUAACAACGGGAGGCAAUCCAAAAGAUGCAAACACUGUUGAGAACGCUGCUAAGGCAUUGCAAGUUGGCUUUACAGAUGCACAACAGUCUUCCACUUCUAUGGGAAACACACUUUCAACUGAUGGCAAUAAAAAAGAUACAAUCAACAGCAAUGUUAUGAAAAAUGGGGAUGUCAUCCUUUUCAACAUGAAUACUUUACAGCCAACUAUGGUAAUUGAAGCACAUAAAGGAGAAAUUGCAGCGCUAGCAUUAAGUUUUGAUGGGUUACUUUUGGCAACAGCAUCAGAGAAAGGGACAAUAAUCAGAGUUUUUAGUGUUGAAACUGGUGUAAAACUCCAUCAAUUCAGGAGAGGCACUUAUCCAACAAGGAUACAUUCAAUGUGUUUUAGUUCAGAUAACCAAUUUCUAGCACUGACCUGCUCAAGUAAAACGAUUCACAUUUUUAAGCUGAGCAAAGAGACAACAUUGCUGGAUAAGCAUGACAGUGACGAUAGCAACGUCGAAGAAGAUGCAGUGGAUACUGCUUCGUCAACAAGGGCCAACGAUUUAAGCGACGAUGACGCACCGGCUCCUGAGAGAGAGGGUGAUGGCGAAAUGAUAUGUGACGAACCAGAACUCGCGUCACUGGACGAUGCCAGUAGCUCUCUCUCGAUGCCAACCGAAACGUCUUUGGAAAGGGCGAAAGAGCCCUAUGUGGAUGCAUCAAGAAGCACUGUUGCAAGAAUGAUCCGAAAAUCCUCACAGAAGCUCUCAAGACAAGCCGCGAAAACGUUAGGGCAGAUAUUUCCUAUAAAGGUCUCCUCGUUGAUCGAGCCUUCAAGACAUUUUGCAAGUCUAAAACUUCCCAUUGACACUAGCUCCGGAAUUAAGAGUAUAACGUCGAUAGGCUCCCUCAUUCAAAUCGAUACACAAGAGUAUCCAGAGUUAUUUGAUGGGAAUGAAGGAUCUCGUUCAAUAAAUAGUGGCUCUAGUUCUUCAACAAUGAAAAUGCUGCCCAUAAGAGUUGUCACCUCCGAGGGAUAUCUCUAUAACUACGUUCUCGAUCCCGAAAGAGGUGGCGAUUGUCUAUUGCUUUCGCAGUACUCUUUGAUGUUGAAUUAA